GAGUAUACAAAAAUAAAUUGUUCAUCAUGGCGGACGCACGAGAAAAAGCGAUCCAGGAUUAUCGCAAGAAAUUACUCGAACAUAAGGAAUUAGAUGCUCGUUUGAAAGAAGUGCGUGAGCAGUGUAAGGAAUUAACAAAGAAGUAUGACAAAUCAGAGAAUGAUCUAAAGGCAUUGCAGAGUGUUGGACAGAUUGUCGGAGAAGUCCUCAAGCAGCUCACAGAAGAAAAAUUUAUUGUGAAAGCUACCAACGGCCCUCGCUAUGUCGUAGGAUGCCGGCGUGGCAUCGACAAACUCAAACUGAAGCAAGGCACCAGAGUUGCACUGGACAUGACGACUCUUACAAUUAUGAGGUACUUGCCAAGAGAAGUUGAUCCCAUGGUGUAUAACAUGUCUCAUGAGGAUCCUGGUAAUGUUUCAUACUCCGCUAUCGGUGGUCUGUCAGAACAGAUCAGAGAGCUGAGAGAGGUUAUUGAGCUUCCUCUGAUGAACCCAGAGCUUUUCCAAAGAGUGGGAAUAACACCUCCUAAAGGUUGCCUGCUGUAUGGUGCUCCAGGGACUGGAAAGACCCUUUUAGCCCGAGCUGUGGCUAGUCAGCUUGAUGCCAAUUUCUUAAAGGUUGUAUCUAGUGCAAUCGUUGACAAGUACAUUGGUGAGAGUGCUCGUCUCAUCAGAGAGAUGUUUGCCUACGCCAGAGACCACCAGCCUUGCGUCAUCUUCAUGGAUGAGAUUGACGCUAUAGGAGGACGCAGAUUCUCUGAGGGAACGUCGGCCGACAGGGAGAUCCAGCGAACACUCAUGGAGUUGCUGAAUCAGAUGGAUGGGUUUGACACACUUGGCAAAGUGAAGAUCAUCAUGGCCACCAAUCGACCAGACACAUUGGAUCCAGCACUACUCAGACCAGGUCGCCUGGACAGGAAGAUUGAAAUUCCACUUCCAAAUGAGCAGGCUCGUCUAGACAUCUUGAAGAUUCACGCUGGCCCAAUCACUAAACAUGGAGACAUCGAUUUUGAAGCAGUCGUAAAGCUUUCCGAUGGUUUCAACGGGGCGGAUCUCAGAAAUGUGUGCACAGAGGCAGGUAUGUUUGCUAUACGUGCAGAACGAGAGUAUGUAUUAGAUGAAGACUUCAUGAAGGCUGUCAGGAAAGUGUCUGAGAGCAAGAAACUAGAGACCAAGCUGGACUAUAAACCUGUCUGAAUCAAAUAAACCAGACCAGCAGGCCAAUAUCACAGGAAACAAAUUAACGCAACUUCGACAAUCCACUUGUGCAAGAAGUAUUGCACAAGUGGACUUACACAGUUGCAUAAAGUUUCGUUAAAAUCCAUGGAAGGGCCCAGUUUCAUAGAGAUACUUAAUCAGAAAAUCUUGCUGAUCAUUUUUCAGCCAAGCCUCAAUUUUUGGGACACCAGUCGGGAAAAGUCUGUGUGACAUAACUGUUUUUCGUGGUAUAAAUUAAAAUGUUUUGUUGUGGCUCGGCCUAUUUUUGGCUGAAAAGCAGCUCUAUGAAAUUGGUCCUUGUUCCAAUGAAACCUUCCCAUAAAUUUUAGCUUUGGGUACUUCAAAGUCCUGGGUUAUUACCGAGUUAUUACUGAAUUUCUAGAAAGAAGGAAAGUGGUUAUUAAGAACAAAAUGUUUGUUGGCGUAAACGCCCUAGUUCUGAUGGAGCUGAUCAGAAGAGUUACUAAGAAAACAUUGCGUCUCCCUCCUAAACCUGUUUGAUUAACCAACAUUAAAAGAAUAUUUCACUCCAGCAUUUAUUAAUAAACAAAAAUUAAACAUGUUUUUGAAAGACUUAGUAGUUUCACUGGGUGAAGAUAACCAGACUCAAUGGGCCUUAUCUAAAGCGCUGUGGUACCUCGUGUAAGAGCGCUAUAUACAUGUCUUUUAUUAUUAUUAUCAUCUAAUUGUUCGCUAUGCAGGGAAUAAUGCAAAAUAAGUUUGCAGAAAAAUGCAUCACUCGACGUCAAGUGGUUACAGCAAGUUUAGAGACAUCUAAUUUUCCCCCCACUUUGAUGAGGUCACUAAACUGAAUUUUGACCUUUUUAUAGGAUGUCCUUUUGUGGACAUUUAAAUCUUAGAGGAGUUACUGUGUCAUAACACCCUUUGUAUUUACUAAUCGCAUAAAUGUACAUUAUUCAAAGUGCAGGUUUUCCGUUCAGAUUUGAAAUGUGUUGUGCUUUUAUUCCGUCAAAAAUUAAGAUCAGUAUUGUUUUGUACUACGAACUGGGCAAAACUCCACGUAUUCCAGGUGUGUCUUUGCAACAUUCCUGUUAUAAAAGGCAAUUUGGUCAGUCCCAGCUAUCUUGUUAUAAUGAGUGUUGAGUGUACACCUGUGCCCAAUCACUCACAGAGGUGUAUAGGUUGUUAGUAAUUUGGCCAUUUGGCUGGUAAUUUGGCCGGUCCCAGCAGUCAUUGUAACGAGAGUCGAAAGUAUACCUUUGCCUAAUCACUUAACCCUUUGGUGCACAAGGCGGUUGUAGCGACCACCAAAAUCACAUCAAUUUGGACUUAUAUAAACAGUCAUGACUUAAAAACUACAACCCCCCUAUACCGCCCUCAUUCAAUUGUUUAGAGCGAGUGUUGAACUUUCUUUUGGUGUGAUGUUCAACAGGGGGUGCUAUUAAAAAAAAUUGAGAAAAAUAUAGUUCAUUAGUUCUUUUUUUGCUUUUUCAAAAAUUAAUCUGUGCACCAAAGGGUUAACUUAGUGUGAUAUCAUUCGUUACUCUCAUGAUUAACUUAUUGUCAGUCUGCUUCAUGUACAUGUACAUAAACCUCAGCUUCUACUCGUCUUCAUUAUUGACCUAGAAAGGUGACUCAAUAAACAAACAUUCUGCACACUUUUAAA